AGUCUAGGUUGUGUUUUAGUUGCAACCGUAAAUCAAUGUCUCAGGCCACUGAGCACAUAUUCAAUUGUAAAUGUUACUAAAAAGGAAUAUGGCUUACAAUUAUUUGAUGUGGGCUUUCUGGUGUUUGACAGGGAAUCGCUUGUGAUUUAUUUUGUUUGUCUAACAGUUUAAAAACGAAUAAAUACAGCUAAUAUAUAUGAAGUAGAAUUUCAUGGUUUCUGAGGCCGAAAAGUAGCAACAGCAGCUUCAAGCACUCAAGAUGGAACUUUUCUCGGUUGGUUUGAGUUUAGAAAUAAUCAAGUGUAUGAUUUUAAUUAACAUUUAGCAGAAAUAAAACAGUUAAAAAAGAAAUGUUUCUCACUGCACUCGUACCUUUUUCACCAUUUGUUGGACUUGCUGUGUGCAUUGUUCUAGACGAGGAUUAAGUGUUAUUGGAUUUGUUGUUGACGUAGGCCUUGUUGUAGUGGACCGAGUCCACCUUGGAUCUGUUCUCAGGUCAGCUGUGAUGCUGUGACGGCAGCAGACUACAGAAUUAACAAGACACGCUGACAACGUGCGACAAUAGACAUAGAAACUACUUGAGAAGCUAAAAACGAGAGCAUGUCAUGAUUUUGGUGAACAGCUCUCCUGGUGCUGUAGUUGUAAUUCCACUUAUUCGUCGUUUAACUCAUUCCCAUUAUUCAUUAUCUACAAACAUAUAUUAAUAAAUGAAAUUCCACGUUUUAGAGGUUUGAUUCUGCUUAAAUUUCAGCCUUUUCAGUGCUUUAAGAAUGCUUCUCUGGGCCAACAAGACAUGUUCGCCAUUAAAAGUCCUGACGUUAGGGCCAUUGAUCUGUGAACAGACAAGCCAGCCUGACGUGGUGGUAAGAGGACGUGUCAGCACGUUUCCUAAACACUGAGGACUGAAGCUGCCUCUACAGUUCACCUCCUUUACUCGCUCACAGCAGAAAUCUAAAUCCAACAUGUGUGCUCAGAAAGCACCCAUUAUUUCCCCGAUCAAUUCAAAACGUUUGGAUUAUACCGUUUUCCCAUCUAUAAUUAUUUAAAAUAUAUAUAUUCUAAAUGCAAAUCAAAAAGGUACCUGUUAUAUGAAUGUGAUCAUUUGGAGUUGGGUAGUAAUAACUCAUAAUGAGCCAUGGAAGGAGAAGGUAAUCAGUGCUGAGCCUCUUUAAUUAGACCUGGCUGGCUGUGGAGAAGCAAAGGAUAGGGAUAAUCCUUUUAGGCAACGCGUCCCUCGGAUCAGUUAGUCAACAUUUCCUGCCUCAGUCUGGAGUUCCUCAGUGAGAGACAGCAGCCUCAUUUGAUCGGACCCACGAGCUGUCCUCCGCCUCGGGCUCCUGUGGGACACGAGGGCCUACUGAUCAGCCUCACUCACUCAGAUAUCUACGUUCACUCAGUGGGGGGAGGAGGAGGAGGGUUGUGGGAGCCGGGAUACGGCCCAAACAUUAUUCAGGAUGGAAUGGUUAAAGAGGUUGAUAAAAAACUUGUUUUCAAAGAAAUUCAGGGUGUUCGUGAAGGACUACUGCAAGAGGAACGGACUGCUGACGCUCUCGGUUUUCGCUGUCGUGACGGGCUGUGCGCUGGGAUUCGGCCUGAGAUCGCUCAACCUGUCCACACAGGCUAAGAUCUAUUUCUCCUUCCCCGGAGAACUGCUGAUGAGGAUGUUAAAGAUGUUGAUUCUGCCGCUCAUCACCUCCAGUCUUAUGUCAGGCCUGUCCGCCAUGGACACCAGGGCAAGUGGUCGACUGGGCGUCCUGACCAUCACUUACUACCUGUGGACCACCUUCAUCGCCGUCAUCGUCGGCAUCGUACUGGUGCUCAUCAUCCAUCCGGGGACUGGCUCGGAGAAAGACGGCCACCAUUCACAUUCAGGGCCUGUCAUGACCUCGGCUGACGCUCUGCUGGACCUCAUCAGGAACAUGAUCCCGUCAAAUCUAAUUGAAGCAACGUUUCAGCAGUACCGAACGGACCUGGUACCCAUUGUACAGAACAUCGACGAAAAAGACUCUCAAGCCAACUAUGUGUAUGUCAUGCCCGACUACCACAACCCUCAGCUGGGCCACCCAGUCUUCCUGGAGAUCACCCCAGCUCCAGACAUCAAGUAUAAAAUCGUCCCCAGUACCAGCAAGGGCAUGAACGUACUGGGGAUUGUUAUCUUCUCGGCCACCAUGGGACUGCUGCUGGGCAAGAUGGGAGAACGUGGAGCGCCGUUGGUCAACGUGUGCCAGUGCAUAAACGAGUGCGUCAUGAAGAUUAUUAACGCUGCCAUGUGGUACUUCCCCUUUGGUAUUGUGUUCCUUGUGGCGGGGAAGAUCCUGGACAUGCACGAUCCAGCUCACCUGGGAGAGAAGCUGGGCAUGUACUUCAUCACGGUGCUGUCUGGUUUGUUUGUGCACGGCCUCAUCCUACUGCCUCUCUUCUACUAUUUCUUCACGCGUAAAAACCCCUUCCCCUAUAUCCGAGGGUUGCUGCAGGCUCUUGUCAUUGCACUGGCCACGUCAUCAAGCUCAGCCACGCUGCCCAUCACCAUGAAGUGUCUUCUGGAGAACUGUGGAGUGGACCGGCAGAUUGCUCGCUUCGUGCUGCCUGUGGGAGCUACCAUCAACAUGGAUGGGACGGCCCUGUAUGAGGCAGUGGCGGCCAUCUUUAUCGCUCAGGUCAAUGAGUACGAGUUGGACUUUGGCCAGCUGGUCACCAUCAGUAUUACGGCCACGGCGGCUAGCAUCGGGGCAGCUGGCAUACCUCAAGCUGGUCUGGUUACCAUGGUUAUUGUCCUGACCUCAGUGGGGCUGCCGCCCGCUGACAUCUCACUGAUUGUGGCCAUAGAUUGGAUUCUUGACCGGUUCCGGACGAUGAUCAAUGUUCUUGGCGAUGCCUUGGCUGCUGGGAUUAUGGCUCAUUUAUGUAAGAAGGACUUUGAGAAGGCAGCUCGUACUACUGCGACUUCUAGUCCAGCUGAGGACAAUAAUGGAGGUGGCCCCAACCGGAGAGACACAGUAAUCUCCUUUGGCAAUCAGAGCGUAGCGAUGUCUGAUGCACCUCUGAUCGCACAUCGCUGCGAUUACGUGUAUGAGGUGGAUGGAGAGAGCGUGAUGGAGAGACCUUUGGCCUGCUACAACCUCUGCCAAGUUUAAGACACUCUAACGGGAUGGACAUUGAUGGACACUGCCUUCUAACGCACACAGAAUUGUCUCUUUGGAUUAAAGAGACCAUCAUCUGAUGCCUGAAAAGUCUGCUUUGGUUAAAAUCCUGCUGUUUUUCUGUCAUAAAACAGACCAGAGGUGUUGCAAUGUGUUGUCAGGGUUUUAACGGCUUGACUGUAUUUUGCAUGUGCCACGCUGAAAACAGAAAACUUAAUAACUCCACACAUUGCAUGUUUCCAUUCCGUUCUGACUGGAAGGAAACGCAUUAAGUUUCACAUAUAACCUAAAUCUUAAACGGAUACUCUGCAUGCACCUGAAGCAACGACUUAGAUGGAUUUUAGUGUUUAUCAGUCAGCGGUGACGCUAAAGACAGUCUUAUACCUGUUGAGCUAACUCCUAGCUUAAAUCAACAGCUCCUAACGAAGUUUGAUCAGGGUUUUGAGUUGCCUUAACGUGAUCUUGGUUUUUGACAAUAAUUCGGAGAACCUGAAAGACUUGAAAGUAAACAAAAACUCGUAAAAGGAGCAAAUGUAUUUUGUUGAAGUGAACCUUUAUGUUAUGACUUCGUAUUUACGGAUAUUUAUUAAGCAAACAUACUAUAUUUAAAAUUUUUAUACAUAUGUUUUGAAUUUAUUUUCUAAUAAAAACUUACUGCACUCGAAGACC